UAAGAUGACCGUAGAAAAAAAGAACUGAAUCCGCCAUAGAUACCACCUCCAAGUCAAAAAAACCGGCAAAGGCACUCAAAAGCACAUUGAGCACAGUGCGGCGAAACCUAGUACCAGCUUUCUAAUCUGUCUGCAUAUGAAUUUUGGUUGAUAUAUACCCGUGGACGACACGGUCUUCGAGUAUGUGCGUGUACGUAUUUACAGGUGAACGCACCGCGUCGCGCUAGUACGUAGUGAACGGAGGAACAUAUUAUAGCUAUCAGCUUAGCAUCAAAUGUGACAUUGCACCAUCAUGCGUUCCAUGUAAAUGUUUGUAGGCAGCCGUUCACAUGUACGAUCAGAAUCAGAAGGCGCGCUUAAACCUAUCGAGUAGCGUUAGGGCUAUGCAAGGGUUCUGCUAGGCAGAUGAUCCACUGCAAAAAGCCUGCCAGCUCUAUAAUAUAUUCUCAGGUUUGGUACUUCUUUUAACUAAGGAGAGCUGUACCAUCAUCACUGGUUCGCUCUGCGAGUCCUCGUCGCAGGCAGCGUGAUACUAUACAAUGCCUCUCCAACCAGGCAAAAUGAAACAGACUAUCGACCUUAACUUGGAUAUGUUCCUCUUUUCAACCUUCCGAUCUUUGUUUUUUAAAAAUAAUUUUCACUGAUUUUUAGUAGGACGAAAUUGCCGCACCAUCUUACGGUAUCAUCUUGAAUUUUGAAAUUGCUGCAUUCUAUAGUGGUUGGCUUUGUUGUGGCAUUAAAACAACCAAUUUUAAACGUCUACUUUAAACCAUAUGUUGGCGAUAAUCGAAUCGUCGUUAAAGCCCCAAGAUUGACGGCCAUAGCUGCUGUGAUAUCCUGUCGAUAGUCUAAAUCUUUUUUGUCUUGGGAUUCGCAAGCAUUUAGUGGCGGUCGUGGAGCUGGUGCGUGAUUUUCAAUAGAUAGUUUAUAUUGAUCUCUGCCUAUUUUUGUAAUCGAUAGACAGUUCACCUGCUGCUGCCGCCCCAUGAGGUACGAUUUACUUCACAGCUGCUUCACGAGAUAAACUGCUGCCUCCACGCCGAUGCUGCCGAUGCGUAUAGACAAAAGGCUGAAUUUACGUUGAUCAAAACACGCAUAAGAGAGUUACGUUGGCAUCGUUAACCACCUUGUUAGAAUUAUUUAAUCGAACUUGUUGCGGCUUUAAAUCUUUGGCUAUGUUCCAUAUCGCGAUUAUUUCACGGCGCCUGUUUCUAUCUUCCAUUCUUGCUUACAUAAUCUCUCAAAGGAACUUUCUAAAAGAACUCAUACGAACUCUUGAAGAAAAUACUUAUUAAUUCUACUCGAAAAAAAAAGACCCCCUGAAAUCGAAAAAUAACAUGAAGUUAGUCAUUCCAAUGCGUCUGCCCACAAGAUCCAUUGAUUUUCAAAGGUAAUCAAUGUACUAACGAAUUAUUUCAUAUAGCAGGUGAUCCAGAACAGCUUGUUAGUGUUCCCUUGCACUAAUCUAAAUGUGCAUAAUUUCUUGCAGAGCUAACCGUGGACACCUAAAUGCAGGUUAUAUAUUAUCACACUCUUUCGGGGAACGCCUUGCCUCCUUGGAGGCGUAAGUCAUACUGUUCCGAAAUUUCGCCAUAGCAUCUUUUGGCGGCCAGGGCAAACUUUGGAGCUAGCACAAGAGCUUCCUCUGGUGAGACAUAAAGAAUCCCGGGACAGCAACAUCGGCAGCUGUAGAAAUAUUUACGCAAAAUUCAAAAUAACAAAAUCAACAUCAUUAUUAUCGACAACUAUCCUAGUUACCAUUGUUCAAAUCAUUGCCAGUCAAGUAACCAAGCAGCGAAACGGAUGCACGACGCCUGCCAGUCCAAUGCGUGGCUUAUACUAAGCUUGAAACACUUCCACGAACACGAAAUAGGACCAAUCGCCGUUUGCGAUAGCCGUGUGAAGACGGAGCACCAAUUCUAAGUUGUUGCUUGAGUAAAGCACAAAAUAUUAUUAGCGGUAGGCUUCGGUAACUGUCACGUCGGACAUUACAUCAGUGACUUUGUGCUGUUUUAGUAUUGUUAUUGUCACUGUCUUCGGAAGUCAGUAACGAGCGAAAGCAGUAGUCGUAACGUAGACAAUCGCUGUCAGGCCAUUGGUGCGCUGUGAUAGGGCUAUAGCCCAGGCGGCGCGAAGGGAAUCGGAGGAGCUAACUUUGUUCAUCGAGUUGAUUCGGCGCUGUUUGGAAACGAAAAGUAGUAGCCUUUAACACCUGCCGACAACGUUCUGCAAUAGCUGACUAAAACCAGCUAGAGAAACAAGGAAGAUCACCGGACGAGAGAUAAGUGGCGUGACCUAAAGGUCGCCUCAGGGAUUGAAAGGAAGAAAGAGCAAAAACCUAAUAGCACAGUUGUUGCCAGCAGCUGCGGAUCAACAAGAUGGGUUCUUUUCUGGAAAAACCAAAAGUAGAAAAACACUCCGAAUCGGGAAGAACGACGUCAGGUAUCCGAUUUGCCCUCUCGUCGAUGCAGGGAUGGCGGGUCGAGAUGGAGGAUGCACACACGGCGUUAUGUUCAGUGCAGGGCUUUCCCACCUGGAGCUUCUUCGGCGUCUACGAUGGCCAUGCGGGAGCGGGCGUCAGUGCGAGAUGUUCCACCAACCUUCUCCCAGCUAUUCUCGAAAAUAUCGCACGUAUAAAAGAUAUGAACGAGGACUAUGGCGAGACGGGCCCUCUAUCGAACGCUAUACGCAGCGGCUUCCUACAGUUGGACGAAUCAAUGCGUACCCUACCUGAAGUUAUGGCAGGUCAAGACCGAUCAGGUUCAACAGCUAUCUGCUGUUUGGUUACGAAGAAACACCUGUAUUUUGCCAACUGCGGAGAUUCUCGAGCUGUGCUGUCGCGGGGCGGAAAAGUGGCGCUGUGCACGCAUGACCAUAAGCCCGCUAAUCCUGCAGAAAGAGACCGCAUUCAAAAGGCUGGCGGAUCCGUCAUGAUUCAAAGGGUAAAUGGCAGCCUCGCUGUUUCUCGCGCAUUGGGUGAUUAUGAGUACAAGGCCAACAGCGAACGAGGUCCAUGUGAACAGUUGGUUAGUCCUGAACCGGAGGUGACAGCCCUAGACAAAAGUGACAAUGACGAGUUUGCGGUACUUGCAUGUGAUGGCGUCUGGGACGUGAUGACUAAUGAAGAGGUGUGCGACUUUGUGCGACAUGAACUCCGUACCAAUCCUGACCUGGAGGCGAUCUGUUCGCAUCUUGUCGAUGUGUGCUUAUUCAAGGGUAGUCGAGACAAUAUGAGUGUUGUUCUCAUCGUUUUUCCGGGGGCACCCGGCCUCGACGAGAAACUCGUACAGGAACUCAAGGAGAUAGACGCCUAUAUUAAGGACAAAGUUAAGAAUAUCUACAACAGCGGGACGACCGAACUCAGCGAUGUUCUGCUGGCGCUCGCCGAAGAUUCGAAGGUGAUGGACUCUCUACCAAGCGGUGUAGGCAUCCACGCGAAGCGGUCACUUGUAGAGGCCGAGCUCCGGCAGCUCAACCCAAACAAGGAACAGCGGCAAGACAACAACUGUUGAGCUUCUUCGUCGCCAUUUUCAUGUUAUCCAUCGGAAAAAGCAACAGAUACAACAGACAACAGCUAUAGAAAUUGCGAUAUUGUCGAAGCCUCACUAACAAUCACAGCAACAGCAACAACACAACAAGAGCUACUAGUGACAUGAGAGAAAAGUAAAUAUGUAGCUUAGCUAGACAGCGAGUGAGAUGUAAAAGCGUACCAUUGCUGCCAACCGGAGCGACAAAAAAAAAACAACAGCAACAGCCGUACCCACUACAAGCGUUAGGCUAAAUAAUAAAAUCAAUACAACAACAACAAGAACAACAACAACAACAACAACAACAACAAUGAAAAACAGCGUUUAGUAGCGAAAGGUGGCGUAUCACUAUGGGCCGAGAUGUAUACCGUUAAUUGAUUCUAUACAUACACAUACGGAACACGUGUCAAACUGGCGACGCGCUCAGCACAAUGCCACUGUUAGAUUUCCUAUUGCUGUUGUUGUCUCAAGAAAAAGGUAGGACCUGGAAAUAGUGGCGAUUGUGAUGAUGAUAACAAUAAUGGAGUAACAACUGUUCGAAUGACGGCUAAACUAUAUUUGUACCGAAGGUUACGUUCGAUAUACACACAUCUUUCGAGGAUGUAGAGACGUUAACCUGAUGGGCGAAGUCGAAAUAAUGCUCCUAUCUUGUGUGGUAUAACUCUGGCAAGCUUCCAUGCGAACAAAAAGCAAUUAAUUGCAAUUAACAUCUAAUUGUGAUUUUAUUCGCUUGAAGCUGACAAUUCAGGUUUCCGCACAGAGUACGUCGGCGCAAAAAUGACUAAAAAUAACAACAACAAUAUACAUAGAAAAAGAAAACAAACCGAAGAGGUCAUAUAUAUAUAUACGGCUAAAGAGGGCAGAAAAAGACAGGACGAAAGUAAGCAUACAGUGGCGUGCGAUUGCAGAAGUGAGAAAAGAACGAGAGGUCGAAAGUGACAGAGGGGGGAAAGAGCGAUGUUGGACAUCAAUGGACCUGUGAUUAUAAAUCGUUGAUAAAAGGCUGAGAACGGAUUUAAAUGAGCGCGCGAAGUGAACGAGAGCACGCUAAGCCUCUCUGAGUCAGAAGCAAUUUGAGUUCGAACAAGACGCAAAAGAAAUUGAAGUAGAUGCGUGCUAAGGAGGAAUAGAAAUUGAGUCAGGUUAAACUAGCUAAUGCUGGGUAGGACUGGCAUGGCACAAACCGUCGAUUUCGUUAUUGUCAUGGCCGCUGUCGGCAAGCUGUCCAGUCUUGAAUGAGUCGCAAUGAAUCAUCUAUCGUCAAGGUGUUCGCUGUUUCCGUUUCGGACACCCCCAUCGUCACGAUGCUAAUGUGGAUACUACUGGCCUGAACGUAAGAUGGCCACUGUGUGUGUGUGUGUGUGUAGAAUAAUAUAUAUAUUAUUCUAUAUAUAUAUAUAUAUACAGCGAAAGCGAUGACUCCGUAGGUAAGAAUAGCUCCUUGUGUUUUUCUGUCCUCCUUUGGAUAGGAUCUGUCUCCGAGUCAAGAAUCGUUUCCAAAGACUCACUGAAUGGAGACAUUAAUCGGCGGCGAUAUUACAAAACGUACGUUCUUCCGCGACACUAUACUGAGCGGCAGAAUAAUUUAUAAAAAAAAAAAAAAGGGAAACCCCGUCAGCGAACA